GAAAACAAGCAUGGCAGGAAACAUAUCUAACAGUACUGCCCCGAUAACUAGUUCUCUAUCUAAACUGCAGUCUUUAAAUGGACUGUUUGCGAUAUAUAAAAAACAAGGACCGACGUCUGCAGACGUGUUAAAUACACUCAAAGAAGUUUUACUCAAAGAAGCUGGUGUACAAAACCCAAAUCCGCGAAAGAGGAAGAAGCAGUGGCUGAAGAUGGGGCACGGAGGGACGCUGGACAACGCAGCCAGCGGGGUGUUAGUUGUUGGUGUUGGAGAUGGCACAAAGAUGCUCAGUACAAUGUUGGCUGGCUCUAAGAAAUAUGUUGCCGUGGGGGAACUGGGGAAAGCAACAGAUACUCUUGAUGCCACUGGCAGUGUGAUUCUGGAGAAAGACUUUGAACACAUAACCAGAUUGGACUUUGAGGAGAAGCUGAAAGCUUUCACUGGAGACAUCAUGCAAGUUCCUCCACUCUACUCAGCACUGAAAAAGGAUGGCCAGCGUCUGUCCGUCCUGCUGAAGAAAGGUCACAAGGUUGAGGCCAAACCAGCGCGACCAGUCCAUGUGUACAACCUGAGCCUGCAAGAGUUCAAGCCUCCCCUCUUCACUCUGGAUAUUGAGUGUGGUGGAGGAUUUUAUGUGAGAAGCUUGGUGGAUGAUCUGGGAAAAGCCCUGUCAUCGUGCGCUCACGUGAAGGAGCUGAUCCGAACCAAGCAGGGUCAGUUUACCCUGGAUGAGCACGCCUUACAUGAAGAGCAGUGGACACUGGAACACGUCCUGCGCUCUCUGCAGCCCUGCUCACAGUCAGCAGGAGGUGAACUGACUAAACCACCUGAGGAACACAUUCUGAGCAGGACCCAAAGUGAGAGCGACAAGCCGGGCUCGUCGUGAUCAGUCGACACCCACCUGUUCAGGUCUUCCAUUGAGGAGAACAUCCUAUCUAGCUCUCCUGGAUAGUUUAAGGUGUGGUGCUGAGCAAAAAUAAGGCGUGACAAGUUGAGGCAAAAUGUCAAAACCACUGUUGUUUUGCAGCUUGAUAGACCAGAGUAAUUACUCUUCAGCGGACUUGAUUUCUAGUCCACAUUCUCACGGUGUCUGUCUCUGUCUCACCUGCUAUUUCAGUUUGAGUUAAAUUUGUCUUCAUCUGUUCUUACCCCUCCAGGAGAGCUGGGUGAUAGAAACAUUCUGCAUAUUUCACACAAUCUCAAUUCCACAAUAUGAAUAUGUGAAAUGAUGCACUGUGUUACGGAAAAAUGCAUUACAAUGCACAGCGCAGUUUUCAGUUUUUGAGAUGUGGAAGUGGAGCAUGAAACACACCUUACAGUGUAUAUUAAACAAGCAUUAGAGAAAAACGUUUCACACUGCAGGAUUUACCCCUGCUGAAAAGAUCUGAAAUAUCAGUGUACUUUAGUGUAGUUUCUUUAUUAAAAUAGUUUGUUUGCAGUCACAAUAGUGGGGAAUCAGCAGAAACAUCAGCCUCAUCUAUAUGUGAUGUAAUCUUAUGAAAAGGAAUAUGAUCAUAUUUUUCCAGUCGUACAGUCUCGGUCUCGACUUUAUCUUCAUUUGAAUGGUCUUGUAUGACACGCUAGCAGUUACACCUUGCUGAAAGGACUUUUGCAAAGCAGGUAACACAUGUCGUUUUACCUCCUUAUUUUCUUUUUUUUUUUAGAUUCUGCAGCUAAAAUGUUGCAUCAGGAUGCAUCAUGUAUAUACUACAUGUCUACUUUAGUUUGUUCUUGCAAAUUAAAUAAAUAUUCAAGUGA